AUGUGGGCUCCUUUCUAUGAUUUGCCACGGGAUUUCGGCUGCGAGCGGUCGAGCGCUUCGACCCCCGCGCCGCCGCCGGCGGACGAGGAGGCACCACCUCAUGCAGAUGCUGCGCCGCAGAAAGCGCCAAAGCAGGUGCCGACGAGCUCAGCGCCACCUGCACCCAAAGCAUCGAAGGCUGCCUCGAGCAGGGCAGCACCACCGGCACUGAGGCCCGGUGCUGUCGGAAUUGGCAGCCACGCGCCCGGGCUCGACGUGACGGGCCUGCGGAUAAGAGCAGGCGUGAACAGUGUGAGAGUCUAA